AGAGAGAGAGAGAGAGAGACGGAGAGAGAGAGACUCGGUCCGCGCACACUGCACGCGCUCAGUCUUUCUCCGCGCUCGCUAUGAUGAGGAGGUGAAGGCGCGCGCGGGAGACCGGACUGUACUGCUGCACUGCACCGCGAGCCGGGGUCGCGCUCUGCCUGCGCGCGUGCUGAACGGCAGCUGCUGUCAGAUACGGAGCGGUGAGGAAGCGGAAGCUCAGCACAAAGUUGAUCAACUCUCGGAGCGGGAGCCGGAGUCUGCGCGCGAGCACAGGAGACGGCUGGAGGCGCGCGGUGCACGCGCUGGAUACGCGCACGCUCUCCACACACUGAUUGGAUUUGUGUUUGGAAACAGACCGGGCGAUCAGACUCACCGCGCGCGCACUGGGUCAGGAGGAGCAGCAGGAUGACACGGUUGUGAGAGGUGAAUAGGAGACUCGCAGCAUUUGUGCCAUCGAGGCUGCUGAAGCACACGUGCCAACCAUCACAAUGCCAACCCUGCUGCUGCUGCUGCUCGCCUCCUUACUGCUUCUCACACACGCCGAGACACCGCCAAAGUUUUUAAGAACCCCCAGCGACCAAACCGGAGUGCAAGGCGGCGUCGCGUCCUUCGUUUGCCAGGCCUUGGGUGACCCGCGACCCAAAAUUGUUUGGAACAAGAAGGGGAAGAGAGUGAGCAACCAGAGAUUUGAGGUGAUAGAGUUUGACGAUGGCUCCGGCUCCGUCCUGAGAAUCCAGCCCUUGCGCACUCCACGGGAUGAAGCCAUUUAUGAAUGCGUGGCUUCUAACAGUGUUGGAGAGAUUAGUGCCACCACACGCCUCACAGUCUUACGUGAGGACCAGCUUCCUCCUGGAUUCCCCACCAUAGACAUGGGUCCUCAGCUGAAGGUAGUGGAGCGAACGCGCACCGCCACCAUGCUGUGUGCCGCGAGCGGGAACCCUGACCCCGACAUCUCCUGGUUUAAAGAUUUUCUCCCUGUUAACACCAGCAGCAACAAUGGCAGAAUCAAACAGCUCCGAUCAGGAGCACUGCAGAUCGAACAGAGCGAGGAAUCCGACCAAGGAAAGUACGAGUGUGUCGCCACUAAUAACGACGGCACCCGCUACUCGGCUCCUGCAAACUUAUAUGUCCGAGUUCGCCGGGUUCCACCACGUUUCUCAAUCCCGCCCACGGAUAACGAGAUCAUGCCAGGAGGCAGUGUGAACAUCACCUGUGUGGCAGUGGGCUCACCCAUGCCCUAUGUCAAAUGGAUGCUGGGCUCAGAGGACCUGACCCCGGAGGACGACAUGCCCAUUGGGCGAAAUGUCUUGGAGCUCACGGACGUUCGCCAGUCAGCCAACUACACCUGUGUCGCCAUGUCUACACUGGGUGUCAUCGAAGCAGUGGCACAGAUUACAGUCAAAGCUUUACCCAAGCCACCAGGUGUUCCUGUGGUGACAGAACGCACAGCAACCAGCAUCACUCUCACGUGGGACUCUGGGAACCCGGAGCCAGUUUCCUAUUACAUCAUUCAACACAAGUCGAAAUAUUCAGAAGACUCGUAUAAAGAGAUUGAUGGUGUUGCCACCACUCGCUACAGUGUGGGAGGCCUGAGUCCGUACUCCGAUUAUGAAUUCCGUGUGGUUGCGGUGAACAAUAUUGGUCGUGGACCCUCUAGCGAAGCAAUAGAGGCCAAAACUGCUGAGCAGGCACCCAGCACUGCUCCUCGCCAAGUCAGAGGCCGUAUGCUAAGUGCUACAACAGCUAUUAUCCACUGGGAAGAACCCGAGGAGGCUAACGGUCAGAUCAUGGGCUACAGGGUGUACUACACCAUGGAUCCAAGUCAGCACGUUAAUCAGUGGGAGAAACAAAUUGUUCGGAAUGCUAACUUUCUAACCAUUCAAGGUUUAACGCCUAAUAAGACAUAUUAUAUCAAAGUUUUAGCAUACACAUCUGUAGGAGAUGGACCUCUUUCUUCUGAUCUGCAGAUCAUAGCCAAGACUGGAGUGCCAUCUCAGCCGACAGACUUCAAAGCUGAAGCCAAAUCUGAGACGAGUAUCCUGCUGUCAUGGGUUGCUCCUCCACAGAGUGGACAGGACAGUCAAAUCGCUGGAUACGAACUGCUAUACAAGAGAAAAGACGAGAAGGAGGAGAAACGUGUGAGCUUUGAACCCACCACCACCUACCUCCUGAAGGAUCUGAGGCCCUUCACCACCUACACUUUCCAGCUGGCAGCUCGGAGCAGGCAUGGCACUGGUGCCUACACCAAUGAGAUCUCAGCAGAAACGCCGCAGACACAGCCCUCAGCCCCACCUCAGGAAGUCAAAUGUUUUAGUUCCAGUUCCACCAGUAUUCUAGUAAGUUGGAAGCCACCACCUGUGGAGCUCCAGAAUGGGAUCAUUACCAAAUACACCAUUCAGUAUGCUGCUACAGAGGGGGAAGACACCUCAUUACAGGAGAUCAAGGAAAUUCUGCCAGAAAAGUCACAAUACUGCUUGGAAAACUUGGAAAAAUGGACGGAAUACCGCAUCACAGUUACCGCUCAUACAGAUGUUGGAGCAGGGCCGGAAAGCCUACCACAACUCAUCCGUACAGAGGAGGAUGUUCCCAGUGGCCCGCCUCGUAAAGUCGAGGUGGAGGCUGUCAACUCCUCGUCUGUUAAAGUGCUGUGGCGAUCGCCGGUGCUCAACAGACAUCACGGGCAAAUUCGUGGCUACCAGGUGCAUUAUGUCAGGAUGCUUAAUGGGGAACCAGUGGGCCAUUCUGCCAUCAAGGACAUCUUGAUUGAUGAUGCUCAGUGGGAGUAUGAUGAUUCAACUGAAUAUGAAAUGAUCCUGACAGAUUUGCAGGCAGAGACCACUUAUUCAGUUACAGUGGCUGCCUACACGACAAAAGGUGAUGGAGCUCGCAGUAAGCCCAAAGUGGUCACAACCAUGGGUGCAGUCCCAGAAAAGCCUCGGCUGAUGGUCAGUCCCACUAACAUGGGCACAGCUUUGCUUCAAUGGCACCCUCCCCCAAAUACACAUGGGCCGCUCCAAGGCUACCGGCUCCGCUUUGGACGCAAAGAUGUCGAGCCCUUGACGGUCAUUGAGUUCCCCGAGCGGGAGAACCACUACACCACCAAAGAAAUUCACAAGGGAGCAUCCUAUGUUUUCCGCCUCUCAGCUCGCAACAAGGUGGGCUUUGGUGAGGAAACGGUUAAAGAGAUCACAACCCCUGAGGACAUACCCUCUGGUUUCCCACAAGGCAUUGUGGCCAAAAGUGCCACCACAUCUACCAUUCAGGUCACCUGGCAGCCUGUGCUACUGGCAGAGCGCAAUGGCAUCAUUAUCAAAUACGCCCUUCAAUACAAAGACAUCAACAGUCCCAGGAGUCCAUCUGAGCUUUUCAUCACUGCCCCUGAGUCCACCGUAAACCUGGAUGGUCUUAGAGCUGACACUACUUAUGAUAUCAAAAUGUGUGCCUUCACCAGCAAAGGCUCUGGGCCUUAUAGCCCAAGCAUCCAGUUCAGAACUCAACCACUCGAUCAAGCAGUGUUUGCAAAAAAUUUUCAUGUGAAAGCUGCCAUGAAGACCUCAGUGCUGCUCACCUGGGAGAUUCCAGACAACUACAAUCCUGCCCAGCCAUUCACCAUUCUGUAUGAUAAUGGCCAGAGUGUAGAAGUGGAUGGGAAGUUGACCCAGAAGUUGAUCACAAAUCUGCAACCAGAGACACAAUACUCUUUCCUCCUGACCAACCGGGGGAACAGUGCUGGUGGUCUGCAGCACCGCGUCUCCACCAUGACUGCCCCUGACAUCCUGCGUGCCAAACCCUACUUAAUUGGCAAGACCAACUCAGACGGCAUGGUCACUGUGGAACUUCCCUCCGUGCAUACCACUGAGAAAGUCAAGGGAUACUAUAUUGUGGUGGUCCCUCUGAAGAAACAGCGUCCUGGGAAGUUUAUCAAACCCUGGGACAGCCCAGACGAGAUGAACCUGGAGGAGCUUCUGAGAGAGAUAAACCGGACAAGCGGAGGUGUGCGUUUCCGAAGACAGGCUGAUCCGAAGCCCUACAUCGCUGCGUUCUUCAAAGAGCUGCCUACUGAGUUCACCCUCGGAGACAACAAGAUGUACGGAGACUUUGAGAACAAACAGCUACUCAAUGGACAUGAAUACAUCUUCUUUGUUCUCGCUGUGCUGGAGAUCUCUGAAAAUACCAUGUACGCUACAAGUCCAUACUCAGACCCAGUGGUUUCAGCCGAUAUUGACCCCCAGCCUAUUAUCGAUGAAGAGGAAGGCCUAAUCUGGGUUGUGGGGCCUGUCCUGGCUGUAGUCUUCAUCAUCUGCAUAGUCAUCGCUAUUCUGCUGUACAAGAGGAAACGAGCCGAGUCAGAGGCUAGGAAAGGCAGUUUACCCAACAAUAAGGAAAUGCCGUCCCAUCAUCCCACUGAUCCGGUGGAGCUACGGCGUCUCAACUUCCAAACUCCUGGUUCCGGUGCCUCCGGUUACCCCAGUAACCUCCAUCUGUCAAGUAUGGCAAGCCACCCUCCGAUUCCCAUCAUGGACCUGGCCGACCACCUGGAGCGACUCAAAGCCAAUGACAACCUGAAGUUUUCACAGGAAUAUGAGUCUGUAGAUCCGGGCCAGCAGUUUACAUGGGAGCACUCGAACCUGGAGGUAAACAAAGCCAAGAAUCGCUACGCCAAUGUCAUCGCGUACGACCACUCAAGAGUGUUGCUGUCCUCCAUCGAUGGCAUUCCAGGGAGCGACUACAUCAACGCCAACUACAUUGACGGUUACAGAAAGCAGAACGCAUACAUCGCCACUCAGGGCUCGCUACCUGAGACCUUCGGCGAUUUCUGGAGGAUGAUCUGGGAGCAGCGUAGCGCUAACAUCGUCAUGAUGACCAAGCUGGAGGAACGUUCAAGGGUGAAAUGUGACCAGUACUGGCCCAACAGAGGAUCCGAAACAUACGGCCUGAUCCAGGUGACACUGCUGGACACAGUUGAGCUGGCCACCUACUGUGUCAGGACCUUCGCACUUUAUAAAAGUGGCUGUAGUGAGAAACGGGAGGUGAGGCAGUUCCAGUUCACAGCAUGGCCUGAUCAUGGCGUUCCCGAACACCCCACACCAUUCCUGGCCUUCCUGCGCAGGGUUAAAGCCUGUAACCCUCCAGACGCCGGGCCUAUGGUGGUGCACUGCAGCGCCGGUGUGGGUCGAACCGGUUGCUUCAUCGUGAUCGACGCCAUGUUGGAGCGGAUCAAGCACGAGAAGACGGUAGACAUUUACGGUCACGUGACGCUGAUGCGAGCCCAGAGGAAUUACAUGGUGCAGACGGAGGACCAAUACGUCUUCAUUCACGACGCCCUGCUCGAGGCCGUGACCUGUGGCAACACGGAGGUCCCUGCCCGCAACCUUUACGCCUACAUCCAGAAACUCACCCAAAUCGAGGCGGGAGAGAACGUCACAGGAAUGGAGCUGGAGUUCAAGCGUUUGGCCAACACAAAGGCCCAUACGUCACGCUUCAUCAGUGCCAACCUGCCCUGCAACAAGUUCAAGAACCGGCUGGUCAACAUCAUGCCAUACGAGUCAACACGAGUAUGUCUGCAGCCCAUCAGAGGGGUGGAAGGAUCCGAUUACAUCAAUGCCAGCUUCAUCGAUGGGUACCGGCAGCAGAAGGCAUACAUCGCCACACAGGGCCCUUUGGCUGAGACCACAGAAGAUUUCUGGAGGAUGCUGUGGGAGCACAACUCCACCAUCGUGGUGAUGCUUACUAAACUCAGAGAGAUGGGCAGGGAAAAAUGUCAUCAGUACUGGCCAGCGGAGCGCUCUGCUCGGUAUCAGUAUUUCGUGGUGGACCCCAUGGCCGAGUACAACAUGCCUCAGUACAUCCUACGAGAGUUUAAAGUCACCGAUGCCAGGGAUGGCCAGUCCCGGACGGUACGGCAGUUCCAGUUCACUGACUGGCCCGAGCAAGGAGUGCCCAAAUCAGGAGAGGGCUUCAUCGACUUCAUUGGCCAAGUGCACAAAACAAAGGAGCAAUUUGGCCAGGACGGACCAAUCACAGUGCACUGCAGUGCGGGUGUUGGGAGGACAGGAGUCUUCAUCACUCUCAGUAUUGUUCUGGAGAGGAUGAGGUAUGAGGGAGUAGUGGACAUUUUCCAGACAGUCAAGAUGCUGAGGACACAGAGACCAGCCAUGGUACAGACAGAGGAUCAAUACCAGUUCUGCUACCGUGCGGGUUUGGAGUAUCUGGGAAGCUUCGAUCACUAUGCAACGUAAGAGUCUGCUUCACCCCGAGGAGCGCCGAAGGCCGUCCAGAGGUCACUUCUUCUGAGCCAUAAAAUUCCUGCUUGUGAAAAGUACUUCUUAAAACUCCUAGUCCAAGACAUGAUUCGUUUGUUGGGUGUGGAAAAUAAAAAAGUAAAAAUAAAAAAAAUUAAAAAUUUAAAAACGCAAAACAAAACACAAACAUAUGAAAUACCAGGUGGACCAAGAACCCCCUUUCCCUCCAAAGUCUAAUAAUUUCCCACUCCUGACUAGCAGACGUGUAUCCGAACUGCUGAAGCAUCAUGUUGCUUCGAGGAUUCGUCUCGGAUCGAUUCAUAAACACAAGUAAAAAAACAAAACAAAAAACAAAUCCAGACAACAACAAGGUACUGCAUUAAGACAAACGAGUCGACAUGGACCAUGUUGUAAAGAGACAAACGAAGGAUGACGAGGAGGGACAUCUCAUCUCAUCGACGAAGAGAAUCGGUCGGUGAAGAAAAAACAAACAAACACACAAACGGACGUAUGUAAUAGUAAUAAUAAAACCCCUAUCUUGUCCCAAUGUUCAUCCUUCAGUUAGGGGGAGUGUACAAACACCAGACGAAUAAAGAAGUUAUUGAUUUAGUUUUUUAGUACUUUAUUACUCGACUGAGCGGUAAUUCAUUUUGAAACUAUGUGAAUUUUUUUCUUUCUUUCUUUUUUUUUUUAAACAGGUAAUCACUCAACAUUAGUCCAACCCGAGUAUUAUCUCACUCUUUUUCCAUUCAUGUUAUUUUUUUAAGCUGUUUUAAUGUAUACACAUACACCUGUACAUCUGUUGUUCUUUUUUUUUUUCCUGCUUAUCUACUUUUUGUCAUAUAUGGCACUUGUUGUGGUCCUGUAUUAACUGUGACCGAAUGGUUGACUUUGAUACAGGGUCUUAACUGUCCAUGGUCACAUACACAACCGUUUAUAUUUUGUAUUUUUCGGGGACUCCGUGGAAUCAAAAGGGGAGGCACAGUAUGAAGUUGCUGCUACAGAAUAUCUUAGUUCUUCCAUGUUUAACAGACGAGCCUCCGAAAAGAGAGAGAGUAAAAUAUAUGGUACCGUAUAUAAGUAUGAAGAUAGAUUGAUAUAUAUAGAAAUAAAAGCAGCUCAUAUAUUUUAUAUAUAUAUAUAUAUAUAUAUAUAUAUAUAUAUAUAUAUAUAUAUAUAUAUAUCAGAGAGAUAAACUGCUACAUGAAAGUUUCCACAAUGAGAUUUUGUCCUUUUUUGAAGGGGAAAUGAAGAGAUCGUUCACUGGAAUGCACAUCAGUCGGUAAAAACAAAUCGUAUUUCAAUUCAGUGCAUCUUUUCUCGUGCAAUAAGUCGGUGUAUUAUAGAUUCUUCAGGUUGGGCGGGGACAGGGGCAGGGUGUAUACGGUGAUGACUGAACGCGUGUCAUGUAUUCAGUUCCCGUUAAAGGUUAAAGGUCAAACAUGGCAAAGCGGCGCCGCAAUCAUCAUCUCGUUAUAUAUAUAUAGGGCAAGGUACAAAGACAUCAUGCCAUUUUCCUUUUUGCAUUUAGAGUGCCUUAUAUUUAUGCCUGUUCUCUUUUUUAUAAUAUUCAUUUACCAUGUACUGUUUUGAGUAGUGCAGUAUUUAUCGAUGUAUCACUCAUUUUAAUUUCCAUUAUAUGAGAUUAUAUAUGCAAAUAAUGUCCAUCAGUCCUGUUUUCUUUUCUGAGGCCUUACUCCGGCUUUGUGAACGGAUGAAAAAGGUGAAUUUGUACAUUUAAUAUGUGACUAUCGUAUAGUACACUUUACAGCUUGGUCGCAGCGGGACGUCCAGACAUUUUUACAAUGAGCUGUUCUCGCUGGUUCUGUUCUGGUUCUCGGAAGACCAAACCGUCACGGUGGAAUGAUGCAACAGCAAAAUUUUGCUGUUUCAGGACAGUCUCCGGAAAGAGGGGCGCACAGUGUACACUCAAACCGAAAGGGACCUCGCUGAGUCUUUUCAUUAAAUACAGGAUGUCAUGAUUGGAAAAUUGAAGAUUUGUUAGCGAGAAAAAUUUUUUAAAAAUAAUACAAACAAACAAAAACGCUCAUUGGAAGCUUGUGUGAAAAGUUGUAAAUGGUGAGGGGCGGGGUUUGCGCUCACAGCGUUUCUUUACUUUGAGAUGGAGCGGGUUACCUUCAUUAAUCUCGACAAUCUCGUAACGUACUAAGCGAUGGACCUGCGACGAUCUUUUAUUGUGUAACAUAGCGGACGUGAUAUGCGUGAUAACUUUUCGCUGGUUUUUGUUUGCGUUUAUCGUUGGGCUUGUGGAUGUGCAUUCCAGGUGCUUUCUUUCCCUUGUCUCAUUUCAACCAGCUCUCUUGGGUUUGUUUUGUUUUGUUUUGCAUCUUUCACAUUGUCGUGACAACCACCAAGCUACAAAGUGCUAUUAUUUAGCUUCACAUCCAUGUCAGCACCACCUAAUGUCAUCGUUAAGUAUUUUCACAAAAUUUCACUGAUGUCUGUGUUCAACAGGGUGUUAUUUUUUUUUCCGUUUUUCCAUCUUCAACCUUAUUUCAAUAUGCAUGGGAAGCUUCGCAGACGGCCAAUGGAGGCCUGGUAGGAAGAAUUGCACUUUCUCUAUCUUUGUACUAUGCACUGCCCUAUUGAUUCUAUACCCAAUAAUGUAUUACUUGAAAGCAUCUGUAAGAAUUCUCCUUCAGCGUUCAUGUUGUGUGUAUGUAAAUAACACAAAUCGGUGGGGAGGGAGGGAGGGGGGAUGAGGUGUCAAAUUUUAAAAAAUGACAAAAAAAAAAGUUUGUGGCAAAAAACAAAACAAAACGCAUCCUUUCUGGUGCCAUGGGAUCUUCAGCAGGAGAUUUUUCGUUUUUGUCCCCUUCAUAAGUUUCGUGGCUUCACCAUUCAAGACCAGAGUGUCAUAACAGAAAUCAGCGUGGUGUUCUCUGCGUGCGCUCUCUCUCUCGCUCUCUCUCUUUAUCCAUCUAUCUAUCUCUCACGUCUGGAUGCAUAGAUUGAAAUUAUUGAAUUCAAUUGUUUUAAAAAAAGAAAAAAAAAUGGCUUGUUAAAAAGAAUCAAAAAAUUACCUCUGAUUAGUUGUGUGAUUUUUGUUUCUUUUUGUUGUUGUUUCUUUUUUCCUCUCUGAAUGAAUGGAGUGCUUUUUAUUUUCUUACAUAGGUUCUAUUGGUGGCGGAAGACGUCUGUAUGACUAGCAGGUCUUUGCUGACUCAAGGUCCAUUUGUUAUAAAUGAAUUCUAUUAAAAAAAUGUAUGUGUUAUGAA